AUGAGAGGACCCAUUGAGUUUUGGGAACACCCCUUCUGGCUCUCCAUUGAGCAAGAGAAGCAUUUAGACAAGCUAACAAAGAACUGUGUCAUAGGUGAGACAGAAUGGACUCCCCAGCCAGACACCAUUGGCGACACAUACUGGUCUGGGACAGCACCUCUGUGUUUUGGAGGUUGCAAGGGGAGGCACCGGGAGCUGAAGAGAGAUCCCUGCGGAGACUCCACCUGCUGCUGGUUUGGCUUCAAGUCUCUCUGCAGAGUGAACUGUGGGAAGCCAGAUGUGGAUUAUAAUGGAAUCGUGUAUGGUAAUGACUGGUGGGUCGGCUCUGUGGUGAGGUACACCUGUCGCGCCGGCUUCAUGCUGGUAGGAGAAUCUACCAGGACCUGCCAGUCCAACGGCCUCUGGACCCCUAAACCUGCCUGUCUCCGCAUGUGUCAGCGUGGACGCAUUGAGAUCAGUGAGAGGGAACUGAGUGGGACCUGCGUCUCUGACUGCACAAACAAGAGCUACUUCGGCCCCCCUAAACAAGGCUGCAGCCGCCUAGACAACUGCAACAAGAAGGAGACUGGCUGGAAGCGCUUCUUUGCCCAGUGUGCCCCCUGCAUCUGCGACUGCGCUAUAUCUUGUGCAUCUGCCAGCUAAAGAGAGUUGAAGAAACAUUGCUUUGACUGCAAAGGGAGCAAUCAAAAGAAACCGAGAGGCACAGACAGCCUGCGCACUACAGAUCCUUACCAUAUUGUAAUUCACUGCUGCUUCAUUCAUUGUUUGCACGCUGUGAUUCUGAUCAGUGGACCAGGACUUUUGUGGAAUUAGCUUCAUCUCUCAUGAGAGGCUGCCUAUGGGACUGUCCCGCCUAAUGAUUAAGACUUCAAUGCCUCAGGCUCAAAACCCCCUGAGUAAAUUAUGAGCAAUAGGUACUGCUGCAGAGUUUUUGACCAUAUCGGAUCAAACUCUAUGUGGUGUGAAAGAUGUGUGAGGGAGAAAGAACACAGGAAGAAGGCUUGAAUGUACAUAAUAUUCUGGCCAACAAAGCAUGGUGAAUUUUACUGAAAUAAUGAAAGUGAUAAUGGACUGUACUGAUGCAUGCAUGCAUGGCUGCAUUUCUGACAGAAAGAGAGAGAAGUGAAACUACUGAGAUUAGUGGCUGCUCCUCUUCCCUCCUCUGUUCAGUCCAUCUGUCCCACAGUGAGCUCAGACCUUAAUCUAAUUACCCACCUAAGGGGACAGGGUCAGCAUUAAAGUACAAGAGUGUAGUAAGACUCACAGGCAAAUCAUGUGUUACAAAAUGUACAUUUUAUUUAGCACAUAAGAACUGAUGCAAUUAUUUUAUUUUUUUGUAGCAUAUGAUGUGUAGAUGAUAUAGAUGAUAUUUUGUGUUUUUGAAAAUAGGCCACCACCUCACCCCAAGUCGUGAUGAAAAUAAACAUAUUUUUUGUGAAAC